CUGCGCAUGCCUAUCACCAAUGACAGCAGAAACCGGAUGUAUGUUUCCAUGGGCACAUCCAUUUGUUUAGCUAUCUCGCUGAUCUGUUAUGAAACUACUGGAAAGCAGCUGGGGAAAAGCUCUUGGCUUCUUCGCCGUUCUGGUCGCUGUCAUUGCAGCCGUUUUACACCAUAUAGAAAACAGCGAACGGACGAUAUACACCAGGAUGGCACACGACCUGAAAACACUGUCAGAGGACUUCAGACAGAAGAAUAAAAGUUGUUUUAUCCUGGGUGCCUCUGGCGAGACAGGCAAGGAGUUACUGAAAGAAAUUGUGGAGAUGAAGCUCUUCUCGAAGAUCACUCUCAUCGGAAGGAGGCAGCUCACAUUUGAAGACGAAGCAUAUGAGAACCUGGUGCAGGAGGUGGUGGACUUUGAGAAACUGGAUGACUACGCUGCAGCAUUCCAAGGGCAUGAUGUUGGCUACUGCUGCCUGGGAACGACCAAAGCCAAAGCAGGGGCUGAUGGAUUCAUCCGCGUUGACCAUGACUAUGUCCUGAAGUCAGCGGAGCUCGCCAAGGCAGGAGGCUGCUCACACUUCAACCUAGAGUCUUCUAAAGGGGCUGACAAAAUCAGUGGUUUUCUCUAUCUCAAAGUGAAGGGACAAGUGGAGGCAGAUAUCGAGCCGUUGGACUUCGAGAGAUACUCCAUCUAUCGCCCUGCGGUGCUGAUGGUCGACAGGCAGGAGAGCCGGCCUGCUGAGUGGUUUGCCAGGAAGGUCCUGGGCCCUAUUUCCUCCAUGUUUCCCACGGCGAUGUCCAUCCCCAUCCAAUCAGUGACCAGGGCCAUGGUGGCCAACACACUGAUCCCUGCAGGGGAGAAAGUGGAGAUCCUGGAGAAUAAAGCCAUUUAUGACUUGGGAAUGACUCUGUGGGAAUGAGUCCAAAGGGGAAUAUUUCCUUAUCAUGAAAAGUGCCAUUAAAGCUCUUCAUGGGUAAUGCAAAUAAGAUAUGAUUGGGAAAUUAUGACGUCAUUAUGAAUACUGAAAUCUGCCUUCUCUGUAAAGUCUUUGUAUCCCAAGUGCUUUUUCUGAGUGCAGACUAUUUUUGUGGUCAACAAGAAGGAGUUGGCUGAAGAGGAAACAGACUGGUACCGAGGCUAGAAUCAGUUUAAUAUAUUAGGUGAAGAGGGAAAUGUAUUUGACUGGUUCUUCUGGGUCCAUUACCUCCUCAAAACGGUUUAGUUAGUAGAAGCUCUGCCAUCCAACCUACAAGGUUCAUGCUAUUUUAUAUAAGACCACAUCCUUAACCACUUUGAAAAAUGAUGCACUUACUUGAAGCAAGAGUUUAUUUUCCACUAUACUGAACCAUUGGAGAGGGAUUUUAAGGCAAUAUGUCUGAGUUAUUUUAUUGUCUUUGAUCACUUUUGUUUUCUGAGCAAUGCUAAGCAUGUAAUUGAAUCAAGGGUUAUGUUGUUCAUACUCCUAUUGACUUGGAUUUGUAUACAUUUUAAUUGUGAUGUUAUGUAAAUUCUAUGUAUUUUUCCAUUUCAAGUCGACUAUGCUUCUGUGUUACGUUAAAAGAUGUACAUCUGUA